AGAGGCGCAAAAUUAAUUUAAUUAUAAAAAUAAAACCCCCCUUUUUUUUCAAUAUUUUAUUUACUUUUUUUUAUUAUCGAAAGAAUAAAGGAAAGAUUACCCAUUUUAGUUUGUUUUUCUGGGUUUUUUUUCUAAGCCAACCUCUCAUUCUCUCUCCUCUUCUUUGCCAAGCAAAUUUCCAGGGUGAUGCUGGAUCUUUGAGAAUUUGCUGUACAAUCAGAUAAUUGAAGAGAUGAUGCUCUAGGGUUUUGCUUAUAUGUUGGUUGUAACUCGGAGUAUUCGUUUUCGACUUCAAUUGGUUCAAGUGAAGGGAAAGUAGAAGCUGAUAAAUUAGAUUGCUUUAACAAAGUGUUGGGAAUUUGGGAUUCAGGAAGAUAAUUUCCGGGUGUUUUUGUGAUUGCUGAAUGUUUUGUUAUAGUUUUGAUAUGGUGGCUCUGUUUCAUUGUUAACAACAGACUGUAGUUGAUCAGUCUUUUGGGUGGUCUCAAAGGUUAGUUUUUUCCCGUAUAAGAUGGAAAGUGACAUGGGAAGGGAAGAGUUGAGAUUGAAGGUUGAAAUUAAAGAGGAGGAGCAGAUGCCUUCUGAGAUGGAAAUUGAUUACGGUGGAACUGAGAGUCCCAAGUUUGAAAUUGAAAGCAAAAUUUCUGAGCUAGGUGAGGGAAGUAAUGUUGUGUUUGCGAGGGAAGGGCCGCUAUAUAUGGAGGACACUGGAAUGUCCAAGGUUGGAUGCUAUGGUUCUAAGAAGCAGAAAUCGAAGGCGGUGACGACAAGUUCUCAGGUGGGAAAGAAAGGUAAUGUAGGAAAUGAGAAGAAGCUCAGUAGACAAGAUAGGAUUGAGCUGGGAAAACUUUUUCAAAGUGCUGUGAGUUCUCAUGAUUGGGACUUGGCAGAAAGUUUGAUUCUGUUUGCUGAUCCACUAACUCUUAAUGAUUUCCUUUGCAUCUCAUUGGAUUCGAUAUGGUUUCUUACUACACAUGAGGAGUUACAUGGUAUAACGGGACUAGUGAAGAAGAUAAUAGCUAAUGGAGCUUAUGACUUCACAAGAGCAGCUCUUCGAACUUCGUUUCUCGCAUCUUGUGUCUCUGCAUGUCAGAGCCGAACAAUGGACCUAGCAGAUACAGUGACUGUGAUGGCCCAAAGGUUGCAUGAGCGACUUCAGGAAUGCAAUGGUGAUGAUGUUUUGAAGGCAGAGGCUGGUGCUAAGGUCCAAAAGUUCACUGAAUGGGCUUUGAAAUGCAUUGGUUUUCAUUCUCGGUGUCAUGAGAACAAAGAGAAAAUGCAUCGUGAUUCUGCUGCUGAGAUACAGCUUCAAUUAUCUGCCUUUAAGAUAUUUCUUGAUCUUGCUGGAAGCAAUCUCACUGGAAAGGACUUCACUGAGGCCUUUGAUGCUGCUUGCUUCCCUCUUACUUUGUUUAGUAGUUCAUUUGAUCCUGGAUGGUCUUGUGGAGCAUCAGCUACUGCUAUACAAGGGCUCCUUGGUAUGCUGGUCGAGGGUGGUGCUGAUAAUGUAAACCAGUGUUUUCUUGAAGCCUCACGUUUUGGCAGCACUGAGUUAGUGCGCAUUUUGUUGCAGAUUGCCCAGCGUAACAGCUUGGAUGUGGACGUUGAUCUGGCCUUGGGUUUUGCUUCUCAUUAUGGCAAGAUCAACACAAUGGAGUGUUUGGUAGAAGAAGGUAAUGCCAUGGCGUUUUUGGGACCUCUAAUGCGAGCAGCCGAGAGGGGGUGUUUGCCAGUUGUCCAGUGGUUUGUUGGUAGAGGUUGCCAAGACAUGGAACUAUGUCUUGCACUGACCGCUGCCACCUCAAGCAGCCAAGUCGAGGUUGCUUCUUACCUUCUACCCCAAGUACCACAGCAUGUUCUUACCGCACUCAGCAUUGAAAUCCUCAAAGCAGCUGGAGAGAGAAGUGGUGGGUCCCUUGAGGGAGUCGCUUUUCUUCUCCGCUCAGACUUUUUAGGAGAUCCAACAGGCACGUACGCUGUUGCAGAUAGCAUUGCUCGGUCAGAGGACGAUUCAGUUGCUCCUGAGCUUCGUACAUUUCUCCGGGAGCAGUGGUCGGAGGAUGCCUUCACGGAUGGCUUGUUACAAGGCCAAGAACAUUUUGUUAACAUGGUUAGGAUUUUAAACCGAGGAGAAUCUCCUCUUUGCCUUGGAGAUCUUCCUCCACCGUUGAGGGUGGCAAUCGCCUACUUGCCAGUGUAUAGAGAGAGUGUGAAGGCAGGUGGGUGUUUGUUAUCUCAAAAGCUGAGAGGUCAACUUGUGGAAGCCGUCAGGAGGCUUGGAGGUGGGGUACUUGGAGAUGCAAGCCAAUGUCAUGAGCUUUUAGCCGUCUUAGAGCACCAUCUUCGACCAUUUUUGCCCAGCAUGUAUUCAACAACCUAAGCAUAAAAUGCCAUCAGCAACCGCAACUUGCAGGUUCGCAGAUGCUGCCUUUCUUUUCUCCUUUUUAACUUCAUACCAUAGGAAAAAUAAUUAAGAUCACAUUGUUAGCAAGGGUUUUGAGGCUGCUGCCGCUGACAUAUAGCUAGCUUCCAAGAGUCUCUCUCCCUCACUCAUUCGCACUUCCUCUCGGUAUGUCAACUUAUCAUAAUGUUGGUCCAUGUGCAUUCUAAGAUGUACAAUGUAAAAUAGAAGAAAAUCACAUGUACUGUAGAAAGAGACAGAACGGGUCGGUCUCGACAUCUGGGGGUGGUGGUAUCCAUGUAUAUUUUAGCUGCUAUGCUUUUGUGAGGGAUUGAGGGUCCAUUUAAUGGCUGUACUAGUCUGUUUCACUUCAACUUGGUUAUAAGUCAGGUGCCUGGAAUUGUCACCUUGCUUUUUCAAUGAGCUUCAAUUUUUAGUCUGAAAUUAUUAUUCUUGUUGCACAUGCUUAUGCCUGGACUUAUUUGUUUUUUAUUUAGAAAUUGGAAUAAUUAUUGGUAAAUAAUUUGAUGAUUA